AUGGGAGGAAAGAAAGUCGCAGGGAGACGAAAGUCACAGGAAGACGAAAGUCACAGGAAGACGAAAGUCACAGGAAGACGAAAGUCACAGGAAGACGAAAGUUACAGGAAGACGAAAGUCACAGGAAGACGAAGGUCACAGGAAGACGAAAGUCACAGGAAGACGAAAGUCACAGGAAGACGAAAGUCACAGGAAGACGAAAGUCACAGGAAGACGAAAGUCACAGGAAGACGAAAGUCACAGGAAGACGAAGGUCACAGGAAGACGAAAGUCAUAGGAAGACGAAAGUCACAGGAAGACGAAAGUCACAGGAAGACGAAAGUCACAGGAAGACGAAAAUCACAGGAAGACGAAAGUCACAGGAAGACGAAGGUCACAGGAAGACGAAAGUCACAGGAAGACGAAAGUCACAGGAAGACGAAAGUCACAGGAAGACGAAAGUCACAGGAAGACGAAAGUCACAGGAAGACGAAAGUCACAGGAAGAAGAAAGUCACAGGAAGACGAAAGUCACAGGAAGACGAAAGUCACAGGAAGACGAAGGUCACAGGAAGACGAAAGUCACAGGAAGACAAAAGUCACAGGAAGACGAAAGUCACAGGAAGACGAAAGUCACAGGAAGACGAAGGUCACAGGAAGACGAAAGUCACAGGAAGAUGAAAGUCACAGGAAGACGAAAGUCACAGGAAGACGAAGGCCAGUGGACGAGGUGAAGGAUUCCCCAGUUCUAAUGGUGGUAUCAAUAGGUAGAAGAAGAAAUAUAUGCUAUAGACGAAGUAUUGAUUGGAAAGUUCAGAGGGUUUACCGAUCGGAGUCCGUCCGAUGCGGCUUUAAUGGCGGCGAUGAUGAGAUAAAACCAGCGGGGGCUUCCGAAUUCCAUGAGGUUGGAGGAUACAAUUCAUUUAUGAAGAAUGUUGAUGUCGAUGAAGAUCAUAUGGUGAAAAUGGCAAAAACUGUGUGUUGUCGUGAUGAAUACAUGGCUUGA